AUGAGUUUCCGGGUGAAAAAGGCUUACAAUUGGAUUGAAAAUAGACUGAAGCGCUGCGAAAUGGAAUCGACGCCAUUCAACGCCCGUUAUUAUGUCGAUAAAAGGAAAUUCUGUGGUGUAGAUUCAUUGAACAAUCUAAUGAAAAGACCUACAGUAAGAUCUUUACUCGCACGUUCGAUACUGAGUCAAUAUAGCGAUUCUUCGACAGUUUCCAGCGAAGAUGAUUCAUCAGACUGGUCAGAUGAUUCAGAAACGGGUGGCAGCCUACAUUCACCCUCUAGCAUAUAUUUCCAUCCAAAAGGCUUGGGUGUCCUCAAGAUGAACGGUAGAUUAUCAGCGAGCAACCAUUCGUCGGUGAACUCUGCAUACGUGGAUGGGCUUGGCGAUUCUGUAACUUCAUGCACUCCGAGUACAAUAACUAAUAUGGGUCGCAAUGAUGCCAGUAUUCCUAUUAAUUCGAAAAUAGAAGUAAGACCUAUUAACACAAUCAGUGGAAAUUUAAUUAAGGAUAUCAAAGUGAACAUCAAGUCACCGUUCCUUCCGAGCCAUGAAGAAUUCGACAGCCGGACCUUUAUACUAGCAACGGAUUCCGACAUGGAGUUCAAUGAUGACGCUGUGGUUGAUUUACUGAACACUUGUAAUAAUGAUCUCCGAGUCGGUGGUGCUUGUGGCCACACAUAUCCCAUCGGCGAGAAGAAUCGCCCAAUUGUAUGGUUCCAAAUGUUUGAAUAUAUCAAAGAUUUCUGGAUGACAAAGACUGCUCAGAAUAUUAUUGGGUCGGUGAUGUGUUGCCCAGGAUGUUUCAGUCUGUAUAGAAUCACUGCGCUCUAUAAUUUAUUGGACGAUUAUUCUCAAGAAAGUAUGGAACCGAUGGAUGUACUUAUCAAAGACACAGGCGAGGAUCGAUGGAUGUGUACUCUUAUGAUGAUGAGAGGCUGGAAAUUAAAAUUUUGUACGUUCGCUGUGAACACGACUUACUGUCCAUGUAAAUUGGAGGAGUUCUUGAAACAACGACGACGCUGGAUGUUAUCGGAUAUGGCCAAUACAUUCCUAGUAAUGCAGCAACUUCCUCGACUAGUGCGAUACAAUGCUUGCUUUACGGUCUUGUACAUCAUCUACCUUAUUCAGUUGUUCACCAUGGUUGUCCUUCUCCAGGUUCCACCAUAG